GAGGCUCCAGCGGAGUGCCCGAAAGUUGCCGCUGGUGGCCGAAACUCUCCUCAGACCCGCGCGCGCUUUGGAGCAAUGGCCGACCCGUGGCAGUGCAUCUGCGAGUUCAUCCGUUCCCAGAGCGCAAACCUGCAGAACGUGAUCCAGUCGCUCGGCAACCAGCACACGAUCAGCGACCUGGACACGAGCGACUCCCUGACGCUCCCCACUGGCUUGUCUCCGCUGCACCUGUUCAUGUUCCUGCUGAUGGCGGUCUGGGGCUUCCUCUACGUCAGCGGCCGCCAGCGCCAGGAUCUCGACGUGGGCAAGCCGUCCUCGAGCACGUCGUCGGGAUCCCCCUCGUCCGGGUCUGGCGCCAGCGGCAGCGGCGGCCAGGGCCCUCCUGGCGGCCCGCCGGGCACGGGGUCCGGGGACGGCGAGCUCUUCUGA